UCAUCACGCAGUGGGUUAGAGCGGGCGUGCCGUGCCUCGCGCUUCACUUCCCUCCCUGCAAUGGAGUCAGAGUGACCUGUCGCAGCUGCCGCUCACACCCGGGCCAGCGUCUUUACUCUUUAUUCUUUACUCUAACUUUCCUCUGUUUCCUUCACGACUUCACCGGAACCUUUACAAAGCUUUUUAAGAAAGAAGAAAAGAAGAACCGCGCCAUGAUGAACGUCUUCCAGAACCGGCCCUUCAACCUGACGAACGGAGUCAUGAGCUGCAUCUGCCCUCAAAAUGGAGUCCUGGAGGGAGGCCCGCUCUGCCGCGUCGAGACGCCGCUCACCAUGCCCGCCUCUCUGGACUCUCACAGCGGGAACGUGUCGUCGAACGGCGGCCAGAGCCGACCCAAAAUCCUGGACGUUAACCCCGCGAAAGGAUACAAGCCCAAACACGUCUUCGACAGCGGGGACACCGACGAGCAGGAAGGCUCGCUGCCGUGCACCCCGGAGCUGGAGUCGGACACCGAGCUGGACGUGUCCCCGGCCGGGAACGAAGCUUUGGAUAACGAAACCACGCAGCUGAUUAGCUCGUUCCUCAGACACUAUACUGGACUUUCAACGCGGAGGUGGAACCAGAAAAACGAACCUCUUGCUACCAUGAAGAGAGUCGUGGAUGGUCUUUUGGAGAAGCACAGAUACGCGUACAAUGGUAUGAUCACAAAGCUGUCACUAGACGACAGAGGGGACGAUGCCAGCUUCGUCAGCGCCGUAGCCAAGAGCCUGUUCGGGGACGGGACCACCAACUGGGGUCGCGUGGUCAGCCUGGUCGCCUUCGGCGCGGUGGUGUCCCAGUACCUGAAGGAGAAGAGCCGGGAGAACUGCGUGGAGCAGGUGGCGAAGGAGAUCUCCACGUACCUGUUGACGGAGCAGCGAGACUGGCUGGUCAAGAACAACUCCUGGGACGGAUUCGUGGAGUUCUUUCGAGUAGCAGACCCGGAGUCGACGGUGAGGAACACACUCAUGGCCUUUGCUGGAUUUGCUGGUAUCGGGGCAACACUGGCCCUGUUGAUCAGGUGAAUUUACCGGACUCAGAGACUUUUUUUUUUCUCUUCUUCUACUCCUGGUCAAAUAUUUUUUUUUGACUUCACACGAAGGGACACUUUGUGGCACACCUGUGGCGCACACGUCCUGUUUGUCUGUCUUCUGGGCUCCCCAUCCAUCCAUCCAUCCACCGACCCACCUGCAAAAUAAGUCAAAUCUCGCUGUUGAUGUACAUGGAAAGACUUUUUAAAAAAGCAGCAGCGACACAAUUAGGUUUUUAUUUAAUUCACAAAGAAUUUAUUUUUCUAAUAAUAAAUGUAAAUGUGUAUGUAUGUAUGCAAAUUAGUCGCUUUAGACGGUCAGUUGAUCUGAUUUUAGGUUGAUUGUGGGUAUGUAUUACACUUGUGCGUUAUUAUAUCAUAGUUUCAAAAGGUGGUGAUGGUGUUUGUAGGCACGGGCCAGGUCAAAGCAGAAAUGGAGAGCUUUCCAUAAUGGAUCUUUUUGUGUGGACUUUGCAACCAGAGAGGAGGAGGAGGAGGAGGGGUGGAUUUGCAUUGGCUCUACUUCCGAUGGAAGAGAGGCGACCACAUGCAUUUGGGACUGUUUGGCUGGAAAGUUUGAGGCUGUUUUUUGGAGGAAGUUUGAACACGGACUCUCUUUGAUGGCGUUACUGGAGGAUGAAGUUUGUGUUGCUUGACUGCAGCAAAGCUGACUGCGUGGCGAAUGAUUCGGAUCCAUCGGAGAGAACGCGGGUCUGUGAAAGUAAAGUACAGGCGUACAGAGUUGUAAGAUUCAUACGAAAUAAAACAGAAAUAUAAAUCACA